UUGACAUUUAAAUAUGUAAUAUAUAUGUGUGACAAUAAGAAUUUAAUUGCGUGAAAUCUGGAGACAUGCAACCACAUUCACAGAUUGGCCCAAAUUAUUUGAGGUUAACCCACGUACGCUGUUAACAUUGCUGGGAAUAAUUGAAAUAACGGAAACCGGAAGUGAAAUCGUAAGGGUGGUUUUUCUUCAGUUUACUUACGGUCGAGGUAGUGAUGGACCCACACUGAAUACGCGCAAACCCACGGACUUUGUUGAGAACACUCGACUUUCGGCUGAGCCGCUCAGAUUAAUAACAAAAGACAAUUAUAUAUAGUAUAUAUAUAUACAUAUAUAGUAAAGUAUAUAUACAGAAGUCGUGCUACUUCUGUACAAAAAAUAUGGCCCAACAUCGCUUUAUGCCGAAAGUUGCUAAGUAAAAUGGGCUUUCCGACAGAUCUUGCGAUCGACCCUACCUCCCCACGAGCGACUAACAAAUUGAGUUCCAUCUCUUAAUGCCGAGGCCCGUAUUUGAUAGUGGCCUAUCAACGAGGAUUCUGGAAGCUAGUGUAACACGCGAUGGCUGGGAAGAGGAGCAUCGUCGAUGGCGUAAGACAGGAUGAGGAGACACUCUUCAAGAACGGCGCGCCACCGACGCUUAACGACGAGACGACCUGCGGUUUUUGGGUAUUCAGAGGUUCUUUCCUGCAGCCGUUCGCCAACAAAAAGGCUUACGUCUUCCUCUACGGUAUCCUAGGUUGCAUGUUCUCAGCCUCAUACGCUUACCACAACGGAACUAUAACUACACUCGAAAAGCGUUUCAAAAUACCCAGCCGAACUACAGGAAUCAUCACCAUCGGCAACGACCUAAGUCAGCUAAUGGUGUCUAUGGUGUUGAGUUAUUAUACAGGUGGUAAGCAUAAGCCGCGAUGGAUGGCUUUGGGGUUGUAUACCGUCGUCAUUUACUGCUUACUAACGGCGCUUCCGCAUUGGCUUUAUGGUCCCGGCGAGGACGCUUUAUCCUUAACGGAGGAGUUCGGAGCUGUUCAAAACGACAACGCCACCAUCGAACUACAAGAGUUGGUAUCCAGAAAAGCGUUGUGCCAGGCCAAUCAAACAGCUACGGAAUGCGAAACGGAGACCGGAGGUUACGCACCUGCCAUUAUUUUCUUUCUGGCACAGUUUAUUUCAGGUAUAGGCGCACCUCUGUUCUACACUCUCGGUGUCUCCUACAUGGAUGACAACAUCAAGAAAUCUAAGACACCGGCACUAAUCAGCGUUUCCAUAUUCCUUCGCAUGUUGGGUCCGGCGAUGGGCUACACUCUGGCCUCAUUCUGUCUCAAUUUGUACAUCUCCCCAAGUUUAACCCCAACUAUAACAAAUAGAGAUCCAAGAUGGUUGGGCGCUUGGUGGUUGGGCUGGAUCAUUUUAGCAGGGUGCUUGUUUGUCUUCGCUUCGCUACUAGCGCUGUUCCCAAAGACGUUACCGAGGGCUGCAGCGAGGAGGCUGCAGCAGAGCGAACCAUUCCACGGCGAUCAAAAACCUUCAUUUAAAGAUAUGAUAAAAACAUUCAGACGCGUCGUCUCCAAUCCAGUGCUGAUGUUCAACAACGUUGCUGCUAUUUUCUAUUUCCUCGGGUACAUGCCUUACUGGAUAUUCCUGCCCAAAUAUAUAGAGACACAAUAUAGGCAAUCAUCAUCUGCUUCAAGUCUGAUCACAGGAACUGCAGGUCUUGUCUUUUCCGCGAUCGGCGUCUUGCUAUCAGGACUAACUAUUUCCAAAUUUAAACCAAAAGCUAGAUACCUAGCCGGUUGGAACGUGGUUGUUGGGGCAAUUUCUGUGCUCGGUAUAAUAUCAUACGUAUACUUAGGUUGCGUCGAAAAUGAUAACAGGGUACCAGUGACCGCAAAUGGAGACCUGAACCCAUUACUGGAUUGCAACGCAAACUGCAAUUGCGAUUACGUCAAGUACAAUCCUGUCUGUGCACGCGACGGUACAACUGGAUUUAUCUCGGCCUGCCAUGCAGGAUGCAAACAGCAAAUCACUAUAAAUGGUACAAAAGUGUAUCAGGACUGUUCAUGCAUUUCGCAUAACCCUUUAGACAGCUCAAAUAUUGGUGGAGAAGCUAUUCAAGGCAAUUGCUUCGUUGAUUGUAUGCAAAAGUUCUACAUCUUCCUGAUUGUGGUCUGCAUAUUGAAGUUUAGCGGCGCCACCGGCCGCGCAUCCAACUUCCUGGUUACAGUCAGGUGUGUCGACGAAAAGGAUAAGCCAGUUGCUAUGGGUUUUGGCUUAAUGAUGAUGAGCCUGUUUGCAUUCGUCCCCUCACCGAUCCUUUUCGGCAUCAUAAUAGAUAAAACGUGCUUGCUAUGGGGAAAAACUUGCAAGGGGAACGGUAAUUGUUGGCUGUACAACGGAAAGUCACUGCGAUACACGAUGAACUACACUGCAGCGUUUUUCGUUACGAUAGGCACUUUCUUUGAUCUCGUCGUCUGGUAUCUCGUAAGAGACCUGAAGAUUUUUGACGAUGACGUCAAAGAGGUUGAGAACGCGAAACCUGAGACGGUCGUGGAAACGGAACUUGAGAAUCUCACAAAAUGAUCAUCGAAAUAAACUUAAAAAAUACAUAUAUUAAUACUUUGA